GCAGCAGCAGCAGCAUUUCACCCAGGCUUUGCUAGAGGAUUAUAAAGAGGAGAAAGAGAGACAGUGCAGUCACAUGUCCCCCGCGUCCGACGGCGGCAGGAGGAGAGACCCCGAGGACAAGCAGAGCCACCCGGCCAAGAAGAAGAGCCGCACGGUGUUCUCGCGCAGCCAGGUGUUCCAGCUCGAGUCCACGUUCGACAUGAAGCGCUACCUGAGCAGCUCGGAGCGCGCGUGCCUCGCCUCGAGCCUGCAGCUCACCGAGACCCAGGUGAAGACCUGGUUCCAGAACCGCAGGAACAAGUGGAAGCGGCAGCUGUCGGCCGAGCUGGAGGCGGCCAACAUGGCACACACAUCUGGCCAGACUCUGGUGGGGAUGCCCCUGGUCUUCAGAGAGAACUCCCUGCUGAGGGUGCCCGUGCCCAGGUCCAUCGCUUUCCCCACUCCUCUGUACUACCCGGCCAACAACCUGCCAGCUGUACCGCUAUACAACCUUUAUAACAAGAUUGAGUACUGAACUGAA